UUCAAGUUUCUGGUUUUGCUCUUAUGGGUGUGUGGAUGCACGGCACGAAAGGCACAGCAAAGCCUGCAGAGAAACCAGAGAGAAGAUGCUGUGCUUACCUCAUGUGAUUUUAAUGACGAUAGUGAGCCAUUCUGCAGCUUCAUUCAGGACACCUCAGAUAACAGUGACUGGACCCGACAUAAAGGUCCAACACCAACAGAACACACUGGCCCCAGCGGAGACUACCCUGAUGGAAACGGUUAUUAUAUCUACCAUGAGGGUGACAAUGUGGCUAAUGGACAAAAAGCUCGUCUGCUGAGCCCCGUCAUCUCCUCACCAGCGUCUAAGAUCUGUAUUCAUUUCCGGUACUACAUGUAUGGAUCCGACACACUCAACGAGUUGAAGGUUCUGUCAAAAACAUCCGGCGGUGAGAGCGAGGUCUGGAAAAAGACAGGCUUUCAGAGUUCAGCCUGGUUGGGAGAUUCUAUCACAGUGUCCAAAGCAAGCAGUGAGAGUGUUACUAUUGUGUUUGAGGCUCGAAGAGGGGUCUCUUCAUCCUGUGACUCAGCUCUGGACAACAUAGUCAUUACUGAGGGAGAAUGUCCUGCUUGUGACUCUGAAUGUGACUUUGACACUGCGGGCGAUCUUUGUGGGUGGACAGUUCACAACGAUAACCCAGAGGUGUUCGGUUUUACCCAAUAUACGGGGCCAACAGAGACAGAGGGCACCGGACCUGAGGACGACUUCUCAAAACCUGGAUUUGGAGAAUACAUGUUGCUGGAUUCUUUUGAGGCUAUCGCUGGAGAGAGUUCUCAACUCAGGAGUCCUGUGAUACCAUCCACCUCUGGAUGUUUGGAACUCAGCUUUCAUUACUACCUGUAUGGCACCAGCACCACCAUGGAAAUCAGUGUCCAUGCCAUCACAGGUGGAAGCCUUGGAAACCCAUUAUUUACAGUCAAAGGUAAUCAGGGUCAGGGCUGGAAACCUGCAGAGGUUCGCCUGGAAGGAACUGGGAACAUUCAGUUUGCAAUUGUUGGCAAAUAUGGCGAAACACCGCUGACUGAUGUUGCUGUUGAUGCUGUGUGUAUCAAGUCCUGCACCGGAAAGAAGGCUCUCUCAUUGCCUUCUUUCCUGUGCAAUCAGAAACCUAACACCACCAUUCCUGGAUGUGAUCAAGAAGAGGAGGAUCUUUAUGAGAGCUCUGGAUACUGUGGCAUCCUGCUGGAUAAAAACGGGCCCUUCGCUGCGUGCCACCCCAAAGUCAACCCAAACAAUUACUUCAGGGACUGUGUGUUUGACUUGUGUGAACUGGAUGGAGCCAGACCCAUUCUCUGUGAAGCUAUUGAGGCCUAUGUCACUGAGUGCCAGGACCGUGGAGUCACCAUUGGACCCUGGAGGAAUGAAAGUUUCUGUCGAGACGUGCUCUGGAAGACCUUCCUCCUGUGGCGGACCGUGCUCUGA